AUGGCACGCGACAAACUCCCAUCCUGCUUUCACGAUCCCAACGGAGAUGUCGUGAUCUCAAUGCUCACAUCAACGUCGCCAGCCGACCCUAAAACGACAGAUAUGCGCAUAUCGAGCGCCAGGCUCAGAGCAGUUUCUCAGUAUUUCGAGACAAAUCUCAAACCAGAAUGGCUCCACAACAAAGUCAUAGGCCAAGGCCUUGGUAGCGAUGGUACAAUUCUUAUCAUGAAACGUUUCGAAGUUGAGGUGGACAGUGACGACGGACACGACUUCCUAGUGGGCAAGACAGCAACAACAGACCCUGAGCUUCGAGCCAGGGCAGCCUGGGCGAUUCUACGUGGCGCAAACCGACCCUUCCUUCAGCCCAGUCUCGUCAGAGAAUACGACACGUUGUUUUGUAACCUAUGCCUCGACCAGGUUUCUACUGUCAAUCUUCUCGGCUUCUCUAUUAUUUGUGGGUUCCCUGUUGAGACUGACCAUCUUCUGUUAGACUGUCACGAGGAGAUGCGUGACGAGGAAACGCGUAGCCUUCUUGUGACUCGUAUCGUCCUGGGCUUACUUCACUGGAUCCACUACUAUGGCGCCCUGGAAGGUACGCAGGCAAGGCUUGUCCAAUUCAUCAGAUCAGAAGUUCCACCAAUUGCCAUUCAGAAAUUUACGCUACUGUACCUGCGUAUCACCUGUGUUCUGCGCGACAAGUCGCUCUUCAAUUGGAUCCUCGACAAGAACCCAUUCUUCUCCAACGACAUCUGUCUCAGCAUGAGCUUCAGGGACAGCCGCCUAGGCAUGAGUCUUUGGGCCUCGGCCUUUGAGCGUCACCUGGGCUUCCUCGGCUCUGUCUUGAGGAAACUGAGGAAUCUCCCCGACAGAAUCCCACCUUUCGUCCAAGAAAUGUUCGCACCCGAAGAAUGGAAGCUCAUACUGUAUGUCUGGAACUCAUGGCUCGUGGACCUCGCAGCAGUUAAGCGCGCCAAGUACCAGAAUGUCGACCCAUCUGUUUUGGUGUUUCAUUCGAUCGCCACCUCAGACUUCAUCUUCCCUCUUCACAGCUUUCGGUACACUCCUUUCAUAGCCGAGCACGCAAACCAUUAUCUUCAGCAUGCUCUCAUCCAGGCAAAAGACGAUGUUUCUGAACACAUCACCGUCGACGCGAGCGAGCCCCUUGGCUUCCGGAUUAAUAACCACGACUUCUUCUCAAAAUACGGUUACCCUUGGGACUAUCGCGUUGAGGAGGAUACAGAUAAGGUGCUCUUCGAGAUGAUUGUGACAAACAACCUUACCACGAUGGACGAAGAUUUGCGUCUGGAUCAGCAGGAGCGUUCGGGCCAGCAUGGCGCUUGA